AUGAAGAGCAAAUGGGAAGAAAGACUCAAGAAAGUGGAAGAACUAGCAUCUCACUAUGAAAGAAACCCUCUUCCUCCAGUUUAUAGACCAAAACUGUCCAAACCCUUUCUGCCAUCCUCUGUUUGGAAAAUAUUUUGUCAUCAGGCUGAAGCUUUCAAUUAUGUAAAAACCUGCAAAGAGGAUGUUCAUGUAUUUGCGUUGGAAAAGAACACACAAAGUGGACAGAGGUUUUACCUUGUGACAACAUAUAAAGAGCUUUGGUUUUAUUACAUGAAAGGUUAUAAAACAAGUCUUAUGCAUUGCUAUGAAGUAAUUCCUGAAAAAGAUGCUUGCAAACUUUAUUUUGAUUUGGAGUUCUACAAACCUGCAAAUCCUGGUGCAGAUGGCAAGAGUAUGGUUGCAAAGUUAAUUGAGCUUGUCAGCCAAAAAUUAAAAGAACUUUAUGAUGUAAAUUGUUCGUCCAAAGAUGUCUUGAAUUUAGAUUCCAGUACUGAUGAAAAAUUUAGUCGACACUUAAUAUUUCUACCCCAAAAGACUGUGUUUAAGGACAAUGUUCAUGUUGGUAACUUUGUGAGAACCAUUUUGCAGCCCGCCAUAAGGUUAAUGGAGAGUAAAACUGCUGCUGUGAUUCCAGAAGAAGCAGCAGGACACAUUUUCCAGUGUUCUGCAGAAGAAGUUGGAUUAGAUGGUUCUCUUACAAACCUCACAGCCAUUGAAGAUGCUUCCAAUGGCUGGCCAACUAUUGCUUGCAAAACAAAGGAUAUGACAACAUCACACCACGGAGAAAAUUUGGAAUUUUCCUUUCUAAUAGUGAAUGAUAAAGAAGGCGACAAGCAACUUUUUGUGGAUCUAGGAGUUUAUACAAAGAAUAGAAAUUUCCGGAUGUAUAAAUCAUCAAAAGCAGGAAAAAAUGUGAUUCUGAAGAUAGCAGAGGAUAAUAAGUUUAUCCCUAACUGUGAAGAGAAUGUUUGCUUGGAAGAAGCAUAUUUUCUUUCCUCUUUGAUCUGCAACGUUAGAGUGAGGGAUGACACAAAAGUUCUGUCGUCUGAAUUUUCAGAGGAGGGGAGAAAAAUGUCGGCUUUUUUAAACAGUAAACCUACCAGAAGCAGUAGAGGUACCCCAAGCCUUUUCUACUGUAUAGGAUUCCAUGGAAGGUUAUCAGGAGUCACCAUAUCCAGAAAUUGA